AUGGCGAAUGAGAAGCAACUUCACCUGACGGCCUUCAUGAGGCCCGUCUCUCUCCACACUGGAGCAUGGCGUUAUCCCGGAGCAUACCCAGAUGCCAACUUCAAUUACAACCAUCUGAAGUCAUUCAUCAAGAAACUCGAAGAAGCCAAGUUCGAUGCCUUCUUCAUGGCCGAUCACCUUGCGGUGUUGAACAUGCCAGUGGAAGCUCUCAAACGUAGUCACACUACGACAUCCUUCGAGCCUUUCACGCUGCUCUCGGCCCUGUCCCAAGUCACAGAAAGGAUUGGCUUGGCAGCAACGGCAAGCACGACGUAUGACGAGCCAUAUCAUAUCGCUCGGCGGUUUGCUUCACUGGAUCAUCUGAGCAAUGGACGAGCAGCUUGGAACAUAGUCACCACAGGCAACCCGGAAUCCUCGAAGAACUUUGGCCAAGAUGAGCAUAUGCAGCAUAGCGAUCGAUACAAGCGUGCGAGGGAGUUCUAUGAUGUUGUCACUGGUCUAUGGGACUCCUUCGCUGACGAUGCAUUCGUACGGGACCCUGAGAGUGGCAUUUAUCUAGACCCAGAAAAGAUGCACGUUCUGGACCACAAGGGCGACGAGUUGAGCGUGCGAGGACCACUCAACAUCGCGAGACCUGUUCAAGGCUGGCCCGUGAUUGUACAAGCUGGACAGAGCGAGCCUGGACGACAGCUAGCCGCCGAAACAGCGGAGUUGGUCUUCUGUUCUCCACGAGACCUCAAAGGCGCCAAAGAAUUGUAUGCUGACAUUAAGGGUCGAGUGGAGAAGGCAGGCCGAAACCGGGAUCACCUCAAGAUCUUGCCAGCUGCGAUGAUCAUCGUCGGCGACUCCCCUGAGGACGCUCAGAAGCGACGGCUGGAGCUGGACAGCAAAGUCCACUACGACAGCGCCAUUGCCUCCUUGUCUAUCGCCCUGGGUUGCGAUGCGAGCAAGUUUGAGCCAGACGGACCUCUGCCAAAGGAAAUCCCCGAGUCGAACGCCAGCCACACGGCAAGGCUGGGCGUGAUCAAUCUCGCUGAGCAGGAAGGCCUCACGGUCCGUCAACUCGCACAGCGAUACGGAGGGUACUCUGGUCUGGCUUUCGUGGGUUCGCCCGAAUCGAUCGCGGACGACAUGACCGUUUGGUUGAAGGAAGAGGCUUGCGAUGGCUUCACGUGUACGAUGCCAUAUCUCCCCGAGGGUCUCAACGCCAUCUGCGAGAGACUGGUACCUGAGCUGCAACGCAGAGGGCUGUUCAGGAAAGAUUACGAAGGCACUACGCUGAGAGAGCAUCUGGGCUUGCCGAGACCGACUAAUAGGUUCUUCGACGGCACGGCGACGAAUGGAAAUGGCGCUCUACCAGACACCGACCAGCUGUGA